GACGCUGGACCGCGGACCGGACUAACGCGGAAGAGCACCCUCUACGGUGACGCCGAGUUUGCAGAGGUGACCUUGGGCUUCGUGUUUCAGGAACGCCGCCCCCACCCCACCCCCGGACUGGACUGGCAUCGCUCUGGGGUUCGGAAGUCGCAGACACCUCCCCGGAUGUGGCUCACUCACCCCUGACCCGCCUCUCGGCCGCACCCUCCCACUGCUCCUGGCGCUUCCAGCUGCAGGGCCCGAGGGCUGGGAGACUUUCUCGAGGAUGACUUCAGUGACCACACCAGAAGACCAGGAACCAGUGAUGUCCCAGACUCAGGAUCAUCAGUUGCAACCAAGUCUCAGCCCUUUGGAAGUAUUGCCUAAAUCCUCUGCCUCCCUGGAGAUGAUGACUCAAGGCAUUUCAAAGGAGAAAAAUCACCUAGAUUGGCCUGAAGAGGGGGAAAGUUGUGUUGCCAACAGCCAGGAGAGACUUCAAUUGGGGUUGUCUCAUUUGUCCUUUGAAGAACCGUCUGUCUGUCAUCAAACCAGGAGGCAGUCCUGGCGACGAGCAAGUAUGAAAGAAAUAAACCGACGGAAGUCAUUGGCUCCCUUUCACCCAGGCAUCACAGAGCUCAGCAGGUCCAUCAGUGUGAACUUAGGAGAAAGCAAGCGGCUUGGCGCCCUCCUGCUCUCCAGUUUCCAGUUCUCAGUUGAGAAGCUUGAGCCUUUCUUAAAGAGCAGUAAGGACUUCAGCCCGGAAUGUUUCAGAGCAAAAGCAUCUUCUCUCUCUGAAGAAUUGAAACGUUUUACAGAGAAGCUGGAAAGUGAUGGAACUCUACAAAAAUGUUUCGUUGAAGAUUCAAAAGAAAAAGCACCAGAUUUUUCGCUGGAAGCAUCAGUAGCUGAAGUGAAAAAAUAUAUAACAAAGUUUUCUUUAGAACGCCAGGCUUGGGAUCAGCUCUUACUCCAGUACCAAAAGGCGGUUCCACCUAAAGAGAUGCCCAGGGGAUCAACUGAAAGCGAAGUCACUGAGGUCAAAGUAGAUCCUAGAACAUAUCAUGGGUCUUCCCAGGAGGAAGUUCUGAACACAAAGCCAGACUACCAGAAAAUAGUACAGAGUCAGAACCAAGUCUUUGCCUCUAUGGAGUUGGUGAUGGAUGAGCUGCAAGGAUCAGUGAAGCAGCUACAGGCCUUCAUGGAUGAAAGUACUCAGUGCCUCCAGAAGGUGUCAGCACAGCUCAAGAAGAGAAGCACGGAAAAAUUAGAUUCUUCACCUGCUCGAAAACUGCUCAGACUCCACCUACAGAACUCAUCGACCACACAAUGAUCAGGAUCUUGUCAGGGACCUGACCUGUACCUGUAAUUUCUGCUGUGAGCUGCCUAGGAGAGGACAGGGACAAGUGUCUCCACACAGGGUAAUCGCACAGUGGUCAGAGCUGACUGACCCAGCUGCACAGCACUUUCACGGUUCUGAGCGACAGCAUGUAUGCAUCCAGAAGAAUGUGUUGGACACAUGUUGUAGAAAUGUGCAAGACGCUUGAAAUGACCUUCAAAACCAGUGGCCCGUUGCUCAAAAUAUCCUUAUGGCCAGCACUUUUCAUUCCAUGAAGAUAUUGUCCAGUUUUAAAGAGCAACCCAAAGACAUUUAGAACCAACCUUAAUGAAAUGUUUUAGGGGCCAAGUUGGGUUCCUGCCAUAAAAGAAUGAAGCUGAAGUUGUUGAGCGUGGCACUCAGUGGAGGAUAGGGUGUUAUUACAUAAUGGGUGGAUCUGAGUCACGUCACAAAAUUUCCUUUUUCUGAAGUGUUCUGAUGUCUGUAGUGUACUUUAGUUUUCAAUAUUGAAUUGAUCUCCUGAAAUUAAAUUCAUGGCAAGAAA